UUAAUGUUUUGUUAACGAACACUGGAUCUGGUGUUUUCUGUUCCAAACGAUUUGAAGCGAUGUCGCUGGUCAAGAAGCACGUGUUGGGAUUCUCAUCAAAUGGUGGGAAACUGUUUGCAGUAAUUGAUGAACAGGGCACCCUACGAGUAUGGGACACCGAGGCGAAUGCAUUAAAGCAGGAAUUCACACCAAACUUACACUUAUCCGGCAAUUGCACGGCGCUCACAUGGAUAUCAAUAAAUGCACCGCGUUCAAAGAAGUCACGGAAAUCGCAACCACUAGACGAUUCCACACCUAUCGGUGAACAUUACAUAGCACUUGGCACGUCUAAGGGAACAGUUGUGCUCUUUUCGGUGGCAGAGGGAAAGAUUGUCCGAGUUUUCAAAGGCGAUAAACACGAUGGAGCAGUCUCAUCCAUUACCUACGACAAUGAUGGACAUCUUUAUACUGUGGGCUCAGACUGCAAAGCAAUGGAGUGGUCCGUAGCCAACGAACGCUGCAUUCGCCAAUGGUUGGUUGGACCCGAGAAACCAUUGUAUGUUGCGAUUCUGCCAAAAAGUCGAACUCUGGCCGUUGCCUCACGGCAGCUGAAAGUUUAUGAUAUAGACAAGAAGGAGCUGGUGGAAACAUUCACCGGACAUUCAGGCGAAAUUAAUGCAAUCAACAGCUUUGAAUGCGGCGACAAUGAAUAUGUAAUAACAACGGCCAGAAUGGAGCGUGUUAUUUCCUUCUGGAAAAUUGAUAGAAAAGGCAGAAACAAGGCUUCGGUAUGCACGCUCCUAAUGGAGGAUGUGGCACACAGUUUGGCGUGCGAAGUGCGCGAUGAUGGACAAUUGCGUAUAGCGAGUGUGACACGCAAUGGCAACAUUCACAUCUACUUGCUCAACGCGGAAAGCAUCUCUGCUGAGAAAUAUAUCAAGCCAAAGGUCUCGUUGCAAAUCGCUUCGGAUGGUGCUAACACAGUGGAGCCGAUUCAUGCCAUCGCCGCUCAUUUUGUCAAAGAUGCUCAACGCUCAGAAGAGAUACUCUUCGGCUAUGGAAGUCGACGCCUGCUGCAAUUCGAGCGCUACACUCCAAACUAUGCUGAGAAACUGAAUGUUAUCGUUCGCGCCGAGCCGAAGAAGCUGUUCGCCAAGAAUAAGCGGAGUGAGCAGGGAACAGAAGCUGCGCUGAAGGCUCAAGUACCAAUUGUGAGCCACAAUGAGGUGGAGUACAAUAGCGCCUUGCCCUUGUCGAAUAAGAAGGUACGGAACGAUGUGCCCAUGGAGGCACGGCUGCAGAAUUUGUCGCUCCAGGCAAUGAAGUUGCCGGACGGCAAACUGCAAAGUCAGAGCAAGACGCAGCUGUUGAUGCAGGCUCUGCACAGCCAGGAUCAAAACAUGUUGCGAACCGUAUUGGCCUCAGACGAUGAGAAGACAGUGCAACUAACAAUUGAUCGCUUACCUCUUGAGUAUAUAGGCCCGCUAAUCAACGAGCUGUCCAAAUUGCUACAAGGCAAGGCUGCGAGUGUAAAAUGUGCUCUGCGCUGGUUGCAAACCUUGGCUACAACUCAUACGAGUAUCAUGAUGUCCGAGGAUAAAGAAGAACUGCGUGAUAAGCUGGGCAUUUGCCUAGGCAUUGCGGAGCAACGUCUACUUUGCAUUACGGAAGCCAUGCAAGUUUCUGGUCGAGUCAACUUGAUUAUAAGUCAAAUGAAACGGAAUGCGAGCAAUGAUUUGAAUUCUCAAAAUGCUCUAAUCAUAGAUGAGGAUCCAGAAAAUGCCACGCAAACGGGCGAAAAGGAUUGGAGUGAUUUGGAGGAAGAGGAGGAGGAUGACACCAAUCAAAACAACGAUUUAGAUGAUGAUCUAAUGGAGGCCGAUGAUGAUUUAGCAGCUGAUGAGGAGGAUCUUAUAGAAACACAGAAUUCAUCUGACGACGAUGAUAAUGAUGCAGAGGGCACAGACACAGACAGAGACACAGAUGCGUCGGGGGGUUAA